UGCCGUCUCUAGAGACAAAAACGGGAGAGACCAGGACGGCCAAGCGGUUGCUAGGGGCAACGGCGGCGAGGCCUAGUCUUUAGGCCUCACAACUCGAGCAUUGGGUUUAAUGUUCCCGCCCAAAGUGUAGUGCUUCCAGGAUUGCAUCCCUUUGUGGGCGCUAGGAGAGAAUGCCGCUGGUCAAUGGGUUGGUACCCUCACGGUUCCUGACGCUCACGGCCCACCUGGUCAUCGUCAUCACCAUCUUCUGGUCCAGGUUCCUUAUACCGGGCCAAUGCAUUGCCGACAGGUCAGUGUUUCUGUUCCAGGAUAACAAUGUCCGAGCUUCCUUACCUCUGCAAUGCACUCAGGAGGAGUAUGAGGAUCGAGACAUGGAGAUGGUGGUGGCACUGUCAGUAACCCUUGGCCUGUUUGCGGUGGAGCUGGCUGGCUUCCUCUCUGGAGUGUCCAUGUUCAACAAUGUGCAAAGCCUUCUCUCUUUGGCCGCUCAUUGUAGUGCUUCCAUCUGCCUGUCGUUUUUUGUCUUUGAACGGUGGGAGACGGUCACUUACUGGUACAUCAUGGGCUUCUGCAGUGCCUUGCCUGCUGCUGUUGAGGUCUUGCUCUUCAUCUCAGUCUUUGGAUUGAAGAAAAAGCCCCUAUGAACUGGGAUACAUGGUGCAGAGGCCAAUUCCUUCUGCUACAGAAAAGACCUUUAGGAUCACCCUACAGGAGAGACUCUUCCGAUAAAACCUGUACGACUGGAGUGUCAGUGCUUUUCAGCAUCACAUGGAAGCUGACUGCAGAGAGUGGAAAGGGGAGGAAGGUGCCUUGAAGGGGGUCACCUUUGUGGCCUUCCUAGAUUUUCCUCUUCGUUUUUGUCCUUUGUCUCCAUUUAUAAUAAGUCCGGUUCUAACAUGGCUGUGGUCUCCUGCAGCCUGCUGACUCCCUCCAGUGGGGCUCCUUGACUAUUGCACUGGGUCCCAUAUCAAUAUUGAAAACGCACAUAUGAAAUCAUGCAUUUGGAGUGCCAAAAUCAACCCUCGGAACAGAGUGAGGAAUCUGUGGCUGGAAGGUCAGCCUGCAUAAAUAUCAAAGGUGGACGACCGUUUUGUAAAAGGAUAGUGUUCAUUUUGCCUGUAGAUGUGUAUUUUAUCCUGGACAGGUAAUGGUUGGUUGUGCUGUUUAAGAAUAAAAUGGCUUUUUAAUAAAACUGGAUGCUUCCUGUAAUCCUGCAGGGAGGGUCUGUGAAAGUGUGGGUCCUCCUUUCUGUGGGGUGUCACUUGUAAAUAGUACUUCUUAAUCUUUGUAUACCUGGGCUUUGGAGGCCUGUAAGCCCUUCCAUGUCAGGUGGGCUUAGAACCUGUCUUCUCUCUCCAAAUGGCUGGGGAGACUAGUGGUUUUUCUGGCUUGAGUGGUAGCAAUUCAUUGGAACUGGGGAACCCUGACCAAAAUGUUGACUACCUGAAUGGAGA